AUGAGUACAAAAUGUAUCAUCUUUUACGAGGACAAAAACUUCCAGGGUCAGUCCCAUGAGUGUGACAAUGAUUGCAGUGACCUGCACACCUACUUCCCCUGCUGCAACUCCAUCAGAGUGGAGGGAGGAUUCUGGGUAGUCUAUGAAAGACCAAACUACAUGGGCUACCAGUACGUGCUAAGCCCAGGAGAGUAUCCAGACUACCAGUAUUGGCUAGGUAUCAACGAUUCCAUCAGGUCCUGUCGAAUUAUUCGAAAUGUGGGGAAUUCAUGGAAGCUGAAAGUUUGGGAAAAGCCAAACUUUGAAGGUCAGUCGAUGGAGAUGGCAGACAACUUGCCUGCCUUCCCUGAGAACUGGAAAAGCAACAAUGUCCACUCUUGCAAGGUGUUCGAAGGAGCCUGGAUCUUCUUUGAGCACCCAAACUACAGGGGGUGCCAGUACCUGCUUGAGAGGGGCAAAUACAGGAGGUACGCUGAGUGGGGGGGCAUGCAGCCCAGCGUUGGAUCCAUCCGCCGGGUUAAAGAGCAGUAG